AUGGGAAGAGACGACAUGCUUUCUCUGGUGCUGCCCCUGCUGCUCGCCGCAGUCGCCCUGGCCGUGUGGCUGUGGGGGCAGCUGAGGCGCCCUCCGGGAUUCCCGCCAGGUCCGACUUGGCUUCCCUUGGUGGGCAACCACCAGGACAUGUGCCGGCUGAGCAAGAAGCUGGGAUCGCAGCACGAGGCGUUCACGUACUUAUCCCAGAAAUACGGAUCACCCGUGAUUGGUUUACAUCUGGGCGGCGAGCUGACCGUCAUCGUCUCCACCAGGAGCCUCAUACGUGAGGUGCUCACGCGGCCCGAAUUUGAAGGACGGCCCCAGAACUACUUCGUGCGCCUCCGCAGCCUGGGGCUGGGGAAAGGAGUAACGUUGGUGGAUGGCAAGUUGUGGCAUGAGCAGCGCGCCUUCGUAAUGCGCCACUUGCGCUAUCUGGGCUUCAGCGGGGCUGCUAUGCAGGAGUUGGUGGGUGAGGAGGUGAGCGCCCUGCUGGAAGAACUGAGCUGCAGCCGUGAGAGACCGACGCAGCUCAAGCAGCUGCUGGCGCCCUCCGUGCUCAACGUCAUUUUCCACUUCUGCGCUGGUGAGUGUGCCCAACCGUCCAUCGACUGCUAA